UUGAUAGUGUGGGAGGCUAAACACAUUUCACACAGAGACGCACGGGUUUAUACAAGGCACGGGUUUAUACAAGGCACGGCAAUGGUGGUGGUUAUGAUGCUCGCUUAUAUUGCGGCUGGUUUAGGGCUAUCCGUGCUGAUCUUAAGGCUGUUGUCUGCUCGUAUCAGAAAAUAUGCAGCAGGAGCAGUUUGUCGAUCCACAGUACGGUUAGACGGAAAGGUUGUGUUGAUCACAGGUGCAAACACGGGAAUUGGGAAGGAAACAGCUGUUGAUUUGGCUUCCCGUGGUGCACGUGUGAUCCUGGCAUGCCGUGAUGUAGAGAAAGGUGAAGAGGCGGCGAUAGAGAUCCGUACACGAGUGGGUGGUGCUCAGGUGGAGGUGAGAGAGCUGGACUUGGCCGACACCUGCUCCAUCCGAGCCUUUGCUCAGAGAUUUCUACGUGAUGUUGAUCACCUGCAUAUCCUCAUCAAUAAUGCCGGUGUCAUGAUGUGUCCUUAUAUGAAAACUGUUGAUGGCUUUGAGAUGCAGAUUGGGGUUAACCAUCUGGGUCACUUCCUGUUAACAAAUCUUCUCAUUGGUCUAAUAAAGCGCAGUGCACCAGCUCGAAUUGUGGUCGUUUCCUCACUGGCUCACAAUUUUGGCUGGAUUCGAUUUCAUGACCUGCACAGUCAGGGCAGCUACAACAGCGGCCUUGCGUACUGCCAGAGCAAGUUGGCUAAUGUGCUUUUCACACGUGAACUUGCACGCAGGCUCCGUGGGUCAAAUGUGACUGUGAAUUCUGUGCAUCCGGGGACAGUGCAGUCAAAACUGGUGCGACAUUCUACCUUCAUGUCGCUGCUGUUUGCUCUCUUUCCCAUGUUCUUGAAGACACCAAAGGAAGGAGCUCAGACGUCCAUCUAUUGCGCCGCCGUAGAGGAACUCCAGUCUAUCUCAGGCCAACAUUUCAGUGAUUGUGCUCCUGCAUUUGUGGCCCCUCAGGGAAGAAGUGAAGAGACGGCACGUAAACUAUGGGAUGUAAGCUGUGAAUUAUUAGGCAUUGAGUGGGACUGAGUCUUUCUUUUGACUUGUUUUUCUUUCAAUACAAGUCAUUCCACCUCUUUCAGAGAUAUGUUCAGUAUUCAGGUGACUAAUCUUUUUGGUUUUGUUUAAAACACUUGUGUACCAUUUCUCCAGUAUAUGAUUUCAACAACAUUUUUUUUCCAUUAUGCUUUUGUGACAAGUAUGAAUUGUUCUGUAAUUCAGACAUAGUACAGAUGUUACCUUUUUAAACUGUUUUUUUUAUUAUUUAAAGCACUUCUUUAAUUC